GACUUGGCUCAGUGGACAGGUUCGGAGAGCAUACAUGGCAGGCUUUGUGACUGGAUACUCGUGGGAGGUGGCGGUGGCUGGGGCGCGGAGUCUGCGGAGCAGCGAUGUGGCGGGAGGGUCGGACCCGUACGCCGUGCUGUACUGGUCGACGGGCGAGGAGGAGCGGACGGCGGUGACUCACCGUACCUCCGAUCCCGUGUGGGACGCCGUGUUUGCUACUCCGGAGCGGCAGAACUUUGUCAUGGUCGAGGUGUGGGACAAGGACACCCUCACGGCCGACGACUUUCUCGGCUCGGUCAAGAUCGCCCUCUCCAACGCCGACGACGACGUCCGCGACGUGUGGGAGCCACUCCUGGGCCGCGACAACGAGCCUACAGGUGGCGACAUCCACCUGCGCAUCACCAAAGUUCCCAUCUACGCCUGAUCUUUCUCCCGUCGGUGGCGAUGCGGUGCCUAUGCGGGGUCAUUGGAUCUCGACACGUCUGAGCAUGA